AUGCUGAGUCUCGCCGCAUUCGAAUGGCCUCUCCAGUUCUGCGCGUUCGUCACAAUCACAUCGUACAUUGCAUCCAUCAUCACUAGCAAUGUCUCCCAAGUCGACCGUCUCUGGAACUUUCUUCCCCCAAUCUAUACCGCCUAUUUUGCUCUACUUCCCCUAUGGCCAUCCACUCCUCUUUUCCCUCUGUUCCCCUUCGUUCCCAAAGAGCUCAGCGCUGUUGCAAAGGAUUACAGUCCUCGCGCCGUCAUGAUGCUCAGCCUCGUUCUUCUUUGGAUGUGUCGCCUAGGCUACAACACUUACCGACGUGGUCUCUUCAAUCUUCAUGAUGAAGACUACCGUUGGGCCGUUUUGAGAACCCAGAUGUCUCCUUUUUUGUUCCAGGUUCUCAACCUCGUCUUCAUCUCCGGUAUCCAAAACGUGCUACUCCUUCUCCUCGGCAUCCCAUCCUAUAUCGCCGUGUGUCAACCUCACACCGAACUCACGACUUCAGAUUACCUCUGUGGGGGGAUAUCGCUCGCGCUUUUGACUUUCGAGUUCAUCGCAGACAAUCAACAAUACUCCUACCAUUCGUUCAAGCACGCCUAUCUCGGUAAAUCUACCAAAUACGAUGAAGCAAACCAAUGGCCUGGUGCCAGACUCAAAUGGACCUCUGAGGAUGCACAGAGAGGUUUCGUUACAAAGGGGCUUUGGGCAUAUUCUCGCCAUCCCAACUUUGCCUGUGAACAGUCUUUCUGGUGGGCAAUCACACUUGUGCCAGUCAUUGCCCCAGUUCCCCCCUUCCUUCCUCAUCACACAUUCCCUCAAAUAUGGGCUUUCCUGACUAACCCUUUGGCUCGGGACCUCAUCAAAUCAAACCCCUCGCUGUUCAAAGUCUUCUUAGCGCCCUUCUCUCCCUUGUUACCCGCCGUAUCUUAUUCUCUACUCUUCCUGUCGUCCACACCGUACACGGAAAACAUCUCUUUAUCCAAGUACCCGGUUGCGUACGCUGCCUAUAAGGAAAGAGUUGGAAUGUUCAGCCCACUGGUUACAUUUGAGAAGGGUUUGUGGUUGAAGUUGACCCAGGGGGAUGAGAAGAAGAGGCAGUUGGAUGGAUUAGUUUACGGAACCGCGAAGGGAAAGGCCAAAGCCGAGUAG